UUUUCUAUACAAUUCCAUCAUGAAAAUAUAUAAAUACUAAAUGUUGCCAACAAAUCUAAAAGUUUAUUGUACAAUUUUCUGGAUUUAAGUUUAUAGCUUGACAAACUAAGAUGCCAAGUUUGCCCUUUAAGUCGCGCCCCUGUCAUUGGAUUCUCCGUGGAAUGAAGAGCCUUUGACUAAUUGGCCCAACUGAAAAGUUUUCAGCCUCUUUUCCGCACCAACCACAAUAGUGUGGGAAAAUUGGCCUCUUUGUUGUUGGGAAUUAGGUCUGUUGUUUACUUUCAACUGGCUGUGUUUUUGUUGACGACCCUCGCUGGCAAAGACAACAAAGGCAGAGCAGAACUUGUCGUCGAAGAAAAUGGGUGGCAGAAUGUGGUGGCAAGUUCAGAGACAAGGCCAAAAAGAGCCAGCCUCCGAAACUCGCCGACUCGGAAACUGGCCAAACGAGUGUGGCUUCAAUCAAGGAGCUGGUCUUUUUGGCGACCAGUUUCAGGUGCAAAGUCAACAUCGAGUGCCUGCAAAAACAAACGCCGGCGUCGACUGCGGCAGAGACCUGUAUUGUGGUUGCAGCGCAUUUGGCCGCUUUUCAUAUAAAAUCGAAUUCACUGGCGGAAAAUUCGCAUUAGGUUUUCUAUCAAGGCGACGAUGUCAACAGCAAGAGCGUAGCACUUCCAGCAAAGCGAAGACGCGGUCGUUUGUGAGAGUGUGUGUGUUUGGAGCAGAAGGAUACGCCCAGGAAAUAUACCCAAGAUACGUGUGUGACACCCAGUGAAACCCAAAAAAAAAAAAAAAAAACCAACCACGAACUGAACGUUAUAACAAAGAACGGGUCAAGCAAACCAAAAGACGAAAAUCGAGACCCACAAUGCAAACAUUUAAGGUCUGCGCGCUGCUGGCGUUAUUUUUCGUCCUCGUUUCCGCCCGCGGCAGCAAAAGGCGGGAUGGCCCCGUUACGAUUACGGACAGCGAGCGCCGGAAUAUUGAAGAUUUCCUCUUGGCAAAGUUGAAACAAAACUGCAGGCAGGAGGACGAUCGAGCCUGCAGGAUGAUCAAGAUGUCAAUUGUAAUGAACCACCUGUACCUGAACACCCGACUUGAUCUCGGCGACCGCGUUAAGGUCACGGAAAACUGGAAUAUCUCGAUGGUGCCGGAUGACCCGGAGGUGGACCAGCUGCUGUCCCGCUCCAUGGGCUCCGACGAGGAGACCUUUGCCCUGCUGAUGGCCAACAAGCUGUGGAAGUUCAUCCGUUCGCGUUCGCUGCGCUACAAGUUCUCGGAGAACGCGGACUUUGUGAUGAACAGCGAUCCGGAGGGCAGCUUGAAUGUGGGCGUGUCCGUGCGCCCCCUGGAGGCGUUGCAGGAGGGGCGUGGCAAGAUGAAGAACAUGGGACCGCUGCUCAUGAUGAUGGCGGCCAAGACGGGAAUGGUGGGAGCUCUGCUGCUCAAGGGUCUCUUCCUGCUGGCCGGAAAGGCGCUGAUUGUGUCGAAGAUCGCCCUUCUGCUGGCAGUGAUUAUUUCGCUGAAGAAGCUGCUAUCCAGCAAGAAGACCAUCGUGGAGGUGCCGUCGCACCACGACAGCUACAGUUCCGGGUGGUCGAGGGCCUUCGAUGGGUUCGUGGAGGGUCUGGUGGACGUGCCCGCCGAUGUUUUGGCCAAGGAGGUGCAGCUGCCCCAGGAGCAGGCCCAAAACCUGGCCCAAAACCUGGCCUACAGUGGCCAGCAGCCGGGGAAAGUGGCGCAAUAAAGCUAGUUGCUAACUAA